UUUGUAUUUGUUUUCUUAGGUCUCCAGAGGCCAUCGUGGGAUUUCCCGUCAACACAGCCAUUGACAUGUGGUCUUUGGGCUGCAUUGCUGCGGAGCUGUUCCUGGGCUAUGCGCUGUACCCCGGCGACUGCGAGUACAACAUGCUACAGCAUAUGGUGCAGACUCAGGGACAGCUGCCGAAAGAACUUCUGAACAAUGGCCUCAAAACCUGGUGCUUUUUCCGCAGACUCAAGGGCCGUAGACGUAGCUGGACAUUAAAGACGCCUUUUGAAUACGGACGCACAGUCAUGCGCAAUGAGAGCUAUUUCAACUCCCUGAAUGACCUGAAGAAGUUAAGACCAGCCUGCCAUCGGUCAAACGAGGAAACCAGGGCAGAAACCAAAGACCUGGAGAGCUUUGUGGAUUUGCUUAAGAAGCUGCUUCAUCUGGACGUCGGUCAACGGAUGACACCCAGCCAACUCCUGAGGGAUCCACUCAUCACCAUGUGCGACCUGGCUAACAACUACCCCAACAGCGCUUACUUGAAAUCAGGCUGUGAAAUGAUGGAAGUCUGCUGGGAUCAGAGUGUGAUCCAUCAUGACAUGGAUCAGCAGCCACGAGUUACCUAA